GCCAGCCGGGCAGCCGCCCUGCAGCCCCCGCCGCGCCCCAGCUCCCCGCGGCUCUCGCAGCCCUGCUCCUACUAGGUUUCAUUCCCCUUCACCAAUACUUCAAGGCACAGAGGAGUUGGUACAGGCAUUGCCAUGAAACCUAACUUGAAGCAAUGGAAACAACUAAUGCUGUUUGGGCUAUUUGCAUGGGGUCUCCUUUUCUUGGUGAUCUUCAUCUAUUUUACAGAUAGCAACACUGCUGAACCAGUUCCAAGUUCCUUCUCUUACAUUGAGACGAAGAGGCUCCUGCCCAUUCAGGGCAAGCAGAGAGUUAUUAUGGGAGCAAUACAUGAUCCAUCAUCCUCUGAAACCAUAGAUAGGAACGAGGUGCUUCUUAACGAAGAUCUCUUAGAUUCAUUUAAAUCGGGGACCGGAAGCAUUAAAAAGUGGAUUGAUCUAGAGGAUGGCUUUGAAAAUGAAGAAGAGUUUUUUCCUUCCCAGGUAGGGAGAAAAUCAAAAUAUGCUUUCUAUCAAGGGGAUGACAACUAUUUAUUUGCUGCUGGUCAGCCUCAGCAACACAGCAACAUUCAAGAGCUAGUGAAAUUCAUCUCUCCCAAUGAGGAUGAUCAGAAGGAAAAUGUUUUACAGGAAAAAUGGACCCAUGAGAAAAGAACAAAGAAAAGAAACCCAACACGCAGGAGAAGCCAGCUGUUUGAUGAGUCUGAUGAUUGGGAUGGGUUAUAUUCCACAAUGUCAAAAUCCUUCCUUUAUAGGCUUUGGAAAGGGGAUAUCUCCUCCAAGAUGCUGACCCCUCGCCUGCAGAAAGCUAUGAAAGACUAUCUGAACACCAACAAGCAUGGGGUGCGGUUCAAAGGGAAACGACGAAACUCCAGACUGACAGGAGACCAGCUCAUCUGUGAGCUCAAGGACAGGGUGCAUGUGAAAACAAUAGAUGGCAAGGAGGACCCCUUUUCAGCUCUUGGAUGGGAAAAGCACGUUCCUCAAAUUCCACUGGGCAAACUGUAUCCACAUGGCUUCGGAAGCUGUGCCGUAGUUAUGUCUGCUGGUGCAAUACUGAACUCUUCUCUAGGGGAUGAAAUAGAUUCUCAUGAUGCAGUUCUGAGAUUUAAUUCUGCUCCUACACGUGGCUAUGAAAAAGAUGUUGGAAAUAAAACGACCAUGCGCAUCAUUAACUCCCAGAUUCUCACCAAUCCAAACCAUCACUUCAUUGACAGCUCAUUAUAUAAAGAUGUUAUUUUAGUGGCCUGGGAUCCUGCUCCUUACUCUGCAAAUCUGAAUGUGUGGUAUAAGAAGCCAGACUAUAACCUGUUCACACCUUACGUGCAGCAUCGCAGGAGGAAUCCAAACCAGCCAUUUUACAUUCUCCAUCCCAAGUUUAUAUGGCAGCUCUGGGACAUCAUUCAGGAGAACACUAAAGAGAAGAUACAGCCCAACCCACCUUCAUCAGGUUUCAUUGGGAUCCUCAUCAUGAUGUCCAUGUGUAAUGAAGUGCACGUGUAUGAAUACAUCCCUUCAGUCCGACAAACCGACCUUUGUCACUACCAUGAACUAUACUAUGAUGCAGCUUGUACCUUAGGGGCUUACCAUCCACUACUGUAUGAGAAACUGCUGGUGCAGAGGAUGAACAAAGGUUUGCAGGAUGAUCUGUAUCGGAAGGGGAAAGUAAUCUUGCCAGGGUUCAGGUCUGUAAAGUGCCCGGGACAGACUCACUUCCCACACUUAUAAAAGUGAAUCGUUCAGAAACAAUGUGCAAUAAGGUACUACUGUCGUACUAUAAACAACAAAGGAAUACUUGAAAAUGUAUCUUAGACCAACCCAGUCUUGAGUCUAUAAACUGUAAUUAAGUAGCAGGCAUGAGAGUUCCUUCCUUCCUAAGCCUGAGUAUGUAUAACUGCUUUGCAAAUAGUUAAAGAAAAAAAGCUUCGCUCACGAAAGGUGCAAACGCACUGUUAGGUAGAAAUACAAUGUAUUGUUGUGGGCAUGACCUGUCAGAAAACAUCAGUGGUUUCUUAUGCCACAAGUACUAGAUGCCAAACUUAAAAAAAAAUAAAAAAAAAUUAACAGUUAAAUCUGACACUAUGAAGCAGCCUGUAUCAUUCAUAUACAGAGCUGUCUGCUGAGAGAUGAAUGAUUUUUCAUCAUACCACAGGAUUUUCACAUUCCCCCACCCCCAAAAUAAAAUAAUCAUGGUUUUGAACUGGGCAUGCUAUGAGUAUAAUGGGCCUGAUUCUCAUUUAUACAAAGGUCCCUUUACUCCAUUCUGGCAAGGUAAACGGGCUUUAAAGUGAAUGUAAAUUACCAAAGUAAAGGAACCUUCACAAAUGAGAAUCAGGUCCAAUAGCUAGUCAUUGUAUUCAGGUAGUUUCUGCAGCCAGAAAUCAACAAGUGAUAUUUACUCACUUUUAAAUGGAUAUUACUGUACAUGCAGCCAGGUUAUUUAAAUAAAGAUAUUACGACUGCACAUAUCUGUCAUGGUGCAUGCAAAUGCUGCAUUCAGGCAAAGGGUGAAGAGAAGAGAAUCUUCUCCUUUCUUCAGAAAGCACUCAUUCUGCCCUCAUUCAGCUUGAGCAGAAGACCAGCAAGAGGGCAUAAAUGAGACUGAAAUGGUGCAUGGGCUUUCUGCCUGGGGGCAGUUUCCCCCUCUGUGCACAUAUGUAGGUACACUCCAGGGGAAUGGAAACAAUGUGCUCUGCUUGCACUCAUUCAUUUGAAAGCAAGUUGUAAAAAACAGAUUUCUUACAAGGACAUUAUUCAAAAAUAUAGGCCUGCCUUUGCCAAGGAAAUAAGCAUUUUGGAUGGGGAGAUUUCAGAAAUUAGUUGUUUGCCUAUUUUGUUGUAAGCCAAGUUAAAUUCAUUUAUUAUUUCUUUAAAAAAAAAGCAAGGCAUUUUGUUUUUUGUUUUUGUGAGGAAAAACAAGAUGUGAGUAUUUUUUAAUUCAAAAUUAUGAAGUCUAUAUCCUGGAGACAUUGUAAAGCCUUCAACAAUCUUACUACGGCUUAUACACUGAGACAAUCUCAUAAUUUCAUUGUAAAAACACAGCAUGGAUAGUCUCUAAUCCACUUCUAAAAUCCACUUGGAUGUUAAUGCAUUUAAAAAAUGUUUUCUCUGACAAGAGUUCAGUUUCAGGCUGGAGGUAGGUUAAUGUUCUUGUUUGCUUUUUAAAAUUUGUUUUUUCAGUGAGCAAAAUUCAGCAGGAGUGAUUACGUACAAGAAAUCAUACAUGUCCUAUCCAUAUCCAUUCAGCAAAAAGGUGAUUGACUGGUAGAAACACUGUUAUUAAAAACAGUGGAGGAGAAAAGCAUAUUUCACAUAUUUAGCAAUUGGCUACUUCGAGAUAGCUGGCGAUGGAGAAAACCAUGUUCAUGUAUUUUCUGUCAUCUUUGUUUAUAAAAAUCAGUGAUUUUCAAACUUUCUUUCUUUUUUGGAUUUCACCUUGAGGUGUGACCCCUUUGGAAAUCUUAGAUAUAGUCUGUGGACCCUCAGGGCUCCGUCCACCACAGGUUGAAAAACACUGAUAUAAAUAUAAAUCAGAAGAAUUUUGUAAUUCUCCCAUCCAACCUUUCCUGCUGUUUUCCCCCCUCUAAGAGCAGAAUUAGUAUACUGCACACAUUUAGCCUUCUUUUUUCAAAUUGUCAUUUUCUUGGGCUUUGCAGUCCUUCUGAAAUUCUUCCUACCUGACAGAAAGUAUGUUCAUGUGAUCCAGAUAUGCCUUGUGUUGAUUGGAUAGGUAUGUUCAUAAAGCAUUUUUUCAUAAUGCCAAAUGUACAGCUUUCAUUAAUUUCAGCCUUAGUAUCUGGAUGCAUUACAUACUGAUUUUGGAAAACACAUUAUAAUAAUAUUUUAUGUUCAUUUUUGUUCUUAACAGUAUUUAGUCUUAGUAGUGCUAUAUAACCUACAAAGGGAAAAAAUACUUUUCCCAUAUACACCUCUACCUCGAUAUAACGCUGUCCUUGGGAGCCAAAAAAUCUUACUGUGUUAUAGGUGAAACCGGGUUAUAUUGAACUUGCUUUGAUCCGCUGGAGUGCGCACCCCACCCCCACCCCCAGGAGCGCUGUUAUAUCGGGUCGCGUUAGAUCAGGGUAGAGGGUAUUAUUUUAUUAUAUUCAUUCUUUUUUAAUUCAACUGUUCACCAGUUCGUAGAGAAACACAUUAAAUAGGGUUUUUUUCUGCAUAGGCAGAGUGGCACUUUGUCAUACAGUGAUCUUAGUAUCAGAUCAGGGUUUCCCAUGUGCCAAGUUCACAUUGGAUUAGCUCCCACACCUUUCAAUAAAUGGAGUUGAUCAUAUUUCCAGUACAAUUGAGUAAGUCACUGUGCAAUAUGCAGAAGUCUCUCAGACUCCACAAAAUAGCAUGCCAGUUUCCCACUCGUUUGCUCAUGCUAACCUUAAACUCUUGUUUCCAUCAGGAAUAAGAAAAAGUUAACCAGCAACACUCUCAAUUGUCCACAACAAUAGGAUUGCGUUAUAUUACGCUCUAGAUAGUCUGUCAUCACUAGGGUGACCAGAUGUCCCAAUUUUAUAGAGACAGUCCCGAUUUUUGGGUCUUUUUCUUAGAUAGGCUCCUAUUACCCCCCACCCCCGUCCUGAUUUUUCACACUUGUUGUCUGAUCACCCUAGUAAUCACGGUGCCGCUUGUACGCAGCCCUAUGGACUCUAAAGAUUCUCCUAAAGAAAAAUGUGAGGCAGCAUCCUUAGCACUCCUGUUUCAAUGAAGUGCUGCCUUUUAACAUUCCCACACAAAACUGGGUACACAUUCAUAGAAUGUAUUUUAUACUUUUAUCUUACAUGCAUAUCCUUUUAUGUGUAGUGAUAGUGUGCACUCGAGGCACCUGAGCAGAAAAUCUUCCUUGUCCAAGUGCAAAUGCCAAGAAACAUUCACCUUUUCCUAGCUUAUAUAAUUAUUUAAAUUGGUAUGGAUCUUUCAUACCCCAUGUCAUCUGUCCUAAUUCUAACCCUGUGUAUAUUAUGAUUCACCAACCACCUGGGUGUUAUAUCUUCACCCCCUAACUUAGCUUUGCUUUAGAGCUGUGCUAAGUGCACCAGCCUCUUCCUGAAAAGGAGGCUAGCGUCAACUCUUUGAAGCACAGGGUCUCAAUCAUCCCAAGGAGGAAGGGCCUCAACAUGGCUUCCAAAUCCUCGUUUCCCCUGUGAUAUUUCAUUGUUCUACAAACACAGGCAUCUUGACAAUUUAAGAUUUUCUCCUCCCACUCCUUCUGUCUAUCUUAUUUAAAAAAAAAAAUUCAGUACAAGUUCAGCUAAGUCUGAUUUGCUAACUGAGAAUUCAGCUGCAAUUUUACUUCUGAUCGACAGGAGGCCAGCAGGGGGAAGCAAAGGGCAGCAUGAAGAGAACUAUAGAACUGCUUUCACCAGCCUUCCCUCCCUUCAUGGUGCCUCCCUCCUAAGCUUUGGUAUUCUUUGCUUUUAUGGGAGGCCAUUGAGGUUUUUUUGUGCGUUGGUUUUUUUUUAAACUUUGAGAGCAGAAAUCGUGUAUCAAAAAUCCAUACAAAUCAGUUGCAUUUAAAAGAGUGAAUGAAUGUGUAUUAGGUGUUCAAUAGACAUCUGGAUAGCUUUUUAAUAAUGGUAACUGGUGACUGAUGUUUUAUAUAUACAUAAGUGACGUGUUAUACAUUUCCCCAUCCAAAUCAUUCAUCAAUAUUUUAGGAUGCGAUCUUGUCACCCUUGUAUGUAUGUAACUCCCACUUGAAGUGAGUGGGAGAUUUGCCUGGGCAAGGCCUGCAUGCUCCUGCCACAUAAUACACAUGACGCAAAUGCAAGUUAGACUCAUCCCCCUUGUAUGCCGCUAGAGUUACAAAAGCCUAGUUGAUGUGCACUGAUGGUGUAUGAUUAAGAGGUGAGACGGUUGCACUUAAAAAAAAAAAAAAAAAAAAAACCACCCACAAAGCUUGGGUAAAUCUGCUGAAUUUAUGUUAUUUUUGGUUUGCUGUAUUUUCCACUGUGAAUUAUGCAGCUUUUUCAACUUGUGGUGGCUAUAUUGCUUUAUGCAUGACGCCUUUAGAUGGUUAAAUCAAGGUAUUCUUCUGUUAAUUCCAGAGAAAUUAUGAAAGUUUUGACUCAUUUUGAGUUACACAUUUUUAAGGGGGAAAAUACUUCUGAUAUUCCAUUCCUUCUAUGAUUCCAAGGCUUACCUGGCCCUCAUUCUCCACACUGUUACACCGUUUAAUGCCAGUGUAACUGUUAGUCAGUGAAGUUACACCAAUGUAACAGAUUUGUAUGUGGUAAAGAGAGAGCGAUCAAUGUAUAAUUAUAUUGACCUACACACAUGGGGCUGGUCUACAUGCUGAACACAAAUAUUUAGCUAAAUCAAUGCAACCUACUGGUGUUGACAUUCUUUUGUUUCAGAUUAAGAAUUCCUUCUUGAUUCUGUUUGCAUCAAUUUCUUGCCAAAUUAAGCAAAAUUGAAAUAGUUCAUUUUUAACCGGAAGUGAGUGCCACAUUAAGAGGUUGCACAGUUUUAACUCAAUCUGUUUAGAAACAGUUUGAAUUAAAAGGGUGCUCAAAUUGUGUCUAGACAAAGCCGUACGUGGUUGCUUUUGUGUUGGUCUUCCUCUUCAGUAAUGCUCUCAUAAACCGGGAAAUGCUAUUCAGACACUGAUACAAACUUAUGAUGAAAGUAAUGUUAAAUGUGUUGUCUGUGAAAGUGUCACUUUGAGUUCUUUCUCUUUGUCUACAAUCCAUAGAUAUGCUAGAUUGUUUUUUGAAGCAGACUGUGAAAUGUCAUUCAAGAGCAUAUACAGAUUUCCUGAAUGCUAUCUUCUCCAGUGCGAAGAGGAUACCUGAUUUAACUGUUUGAACUUUAAAGUAGCCCAUGUCUGGGCAUGCCUCUCACAGGCUUAUUUAAUUAAAUGAAUUUUGACACUCUGAAUUUCUUCUCCUCAACUUGGCAAUCAAAUCCAGAGUUUUGUUCUUGAAAUAUCAGCUAUGUAAAAGUCUUACAUGUAUCCAUAUCAUCUCAUCCUCUGUGAAAUGUAGUCAUUGAACUAUUCAAAUAUGGAAGACUGUGUACUUUUUUAAUAGCUUUGAGAAUUAUUUUGUAUGAUGAUUUUUUUAAAUGAAUGUGUACUCUUCAACAAAUUAAAUCUUGAGAUUUUACAGGAGUCACAUUUUUAAACAGUGUUUGUAUACAUUUUAACACUUUUCUAUUUUCUAUUUUGAUUUUGUAUAUUUUUAUGUAUGCACAGUGUACAGAUUUUUGCUGUAAAUAAAACAUUUGUUUUCAUUUA